AUGGAGAAAACCGAUAAAGUCGCGGAUGCGACUGCGGCAGAUCAGCUAGACAACUCUGAUCAGUCUGAUAAGAAGCCAACGUCUGGAUUUGCUGCAUUUCUGCGCAUCUUCACCUACUGUCAGCCCCUCGAUUGCGUCCUCGAAAUCAUUGCCGUCCUCGCCGCUAUCGGCUCUGGCGUGGCCAUGGCGAUGAUGAACCUCGUUAUAGGAGAGCUGAUGGAUGUCAUGGGCAAUCCCGCGCGUAUCGCCACUGAUCCUGACGGCUUCAUGGCCGAUAUCAGCAAGAGAUCACUCUACUUUGUUUAUAUCGGUAUCGCUCGGCUAGGAUGUACAUAUAUUUACUCGACGCUAUUCACCUUUGUUUCCUUGCGCGUCACGAACAACAUCCGCCAAUCAUACCUGCGAGCAGCCCUUAGUCAAGAAAUCAGCUAUUUCGAUCAUGGAACCUCGGGGUCUAUCGCCAUGCAAGGCACUUCCAAUGGAAAGUUGAUCCAGUCCGGCAUCGCAGACAAGCUGGGGCUCUUCUUUGUGUCUUUGACUACUUUUAUCGCGUCUUUUAUCAUUGCUUUCAUCAGUUAUUGGAAGCUCACCCUCAUUCUUAUCUGCAUCAUGCCGGCGAUCAUGCUGGUGAUUGGCACCAUGGCUACGAUCGACGCUGGUAUUGACGGCAAGAACUUGAAGCUACUCUCCCAAGCCGCUCAAUACGCCGAAACAUCAUUCGCGGGUAUCCGCACCAUCAAAGCCUUCAACCUUGAGCCGAGAAUUACGCACAAAUACACAUCCCUCCUCGAUACCUCCCGACAGCUAUGCCGCAAGAAGUCUGGUGUAUACGGCGUCAUGUUCGCCUGGCAGUAUUUUGUAAUUUAUGCUGGUAUGGGUCUUGCAUUUUGGCAGGGAAUUAGGAUGAUUGCCCGUGGGGAAGUGGAUGGUAUCGGCACCGUUUUCACUGUCCUCUUCUCCGUUGUUAUUGGAUCUACAUCGAUCAAUGGCAUCGCUCCAAACAUCUCUUCCUUUGUUCGUGCCGGUACCGGUGCUGCAGAGCUUUUCGCUUUAAUCGACAGGGCCUCGAAUAUCAACCCGCUCGACGAGUCAGGCCAGAAGCCCACCAAAGUUUCUGGUGUCAUCGACAUCAAAUCAGUUUCCUUCAGUUACCCAACACGGCCAGACACUUGGGUCCUCGAUGACUUUUCUCUCAACAUCCCGGCUGGAAAGGUUACAGCUUUAGUGGGUGCUAGUGGCUCAGGAAAAAGUACAAUCAUUGGCCUUCUGGAAAGAUGGUACAACCCCGCCUCUGGUGACAUUAUGCUUGACGGAACCAGCCUGAAAGAUCUAAGUGUCACCUGGCUUCGUACUACAAUGCGACUUGUCCAACAGGAACCUGUUCUGUUCAACGGAACCGUUUUUGAGAACAUCGUCAAUGGCCUCGUUGGUACUCCUUGGGAGAACGAGACAAGACAAAACCAAGAAGAACGGGUGAAAUUUGCGGCCAAGCUUGCCUUCGCAGACGAAUUCAUCCAAAACCUUCCAGAGCAAUACGAAACACGCAUCGGCGAGAGAGGUGGACUCCUCUCAGGAGGACAGAAGCAAAGAAUUGCCAUCGCUCGAAGUAUAGUUUCCGACCCUUCCAUCCUCUUACUAGACGAAGCUACCUCAGCCCUCGAUCCGCACUCUGAAGGUAUUGUCCAAAAGGCACUCAACAGUGCCUCUAGAAACAGAACCACACUGGUGAUUGCCCAUAAGCUUGCCACUAUCCGAGACGCCGAUAACAUUGUGGUUAUGUCCAAGGGCAAAAUUGUUGAGCAGGGAAAGCAUGACGACCUUGUAGCCCUCGACGGCACCUACGCCAAGCUCGUGCAGGCCCAGGAUUUGUCUACUAACAAACAGAACUUGGGUAUCGAGACCUCGGACGAGGAGUCAACAGCAUCUACUGAGGUAAUAGAGCCAGUUCAGUCACUCGCCAAAUACAAUUCUGCGGUCAACGAGGACAUCACCUCUCAGAUCGAGAGGGAAGAUUUCAGUCUCUAUAAAUCCACAGGGCUUUUACAUACCAUUUGGAAGAUGAUCAAGUCAGCUCCUGAGCUCAGGACUUGCUUCGUGAUUAUAUCCAUUGCCUGUGCUGCUGGAGCUGCUGUCUACCCUGGACAAACCUUACUACUUUCUAAAGUUAUGGAUGUCUUUACAUCCUCUAACUUAACCAAGGGUGGCGACUUUGUGUCUUUGAUGUACUUUGUCAUUGGUCUGGGGAGCUUGAUUGUGUUUUUCGUUAUGGGUUGGAUUUCGAGCAUUAUUGCUCAGACUCUCAGCCAUAAUGUCAGAGAAGGGCUUUUCCGCAGUAUGCUGAGACAAGAUCUUCGGUUUUUCGACAGACCAGAGAACACCAUUGGCGCCCUUGUCAGCCGCAUCGAUUCUCAGUCACAGGCUGUAUUAGAACUCAUGGGGUUCAACGUGGCAUUGGCCUUCCAAUGUAUCAUUAACAUCAUUGCAAGCAGCAUUCUUGCUCUUGCUUACGCUUGGAAGCUUGGCCUCGUUGGUGUUUUCGCUGGCAUGCCUCCUCUUUUGCUCGCUGGUUUUGCCCGCAUUCGCCUUGAGACAAAGUUAAAUGCUGGUAUUGAUGGGAGAUUCUCAACGAGCGCUUCGAUAGCAUCUGAGAGUGUCAAUGCCAUCCGCACGGUCUCGUCGCUUGCUAUUGAGAAGAGCAUUCUGACUAAGUAUACUGCGGAGCUUGAUAGCGCGGUUUGGGGUUCGACAAAGCCCCUGUUUCACAUGAUGAUUUGGUUCUCUUUGACUCAGUCCGUUGAGUUCUUCAUUCUCGCGCUGGGAUUCUGGUUUGGGUCAAAGCUCGUCUCUCAAGGAGAAAUUACCUUUCCCCAGUUCAUCAUAUCAUUCUUGGGUGUCUUCUUUUCCGGUCAAGCCGCCGGUACAAUCUUCAGCUUUUCAAGCAGUUUCACCAAGGCCAACUCCGCCGCCAAUUACUACUUUUGGCUCACUGGUCUGCAGCCAAUCAUCCGAGAAACUGAUGACAAUAAUGACAAGGGCCCUGCCAAUGGCGGAAGUUCAAUUGACUUUCAAAAUAUUCAGUUCUCUUACCCCCUCGCUCCUGAAAAACGAGUCAUCAAAGGCUUGUCUCUCACUAUUGACCGUGGUCAAUUUGUAGCCUUUGUUGGGUCAUCUGGCUGUGGAAAGAGUACCAUGGUAUCUCUUCUCGAGCGCUUCUACGACCCCACAAGUGGCGCGAUCAACAUCGACGGCUCAGCUGCUCUCACUGAUAUCAGUCCUCGUCUUUACCGCAACAGGGUAGCUCUCGUCCAACAGGAACCCGCCCUGUUUCCUGAGAGUAUUCGCGAGAACAUUGCAGCUGGACUCGACAUUGGUCCCGACGAACAGGCCCUUGUCAAGGAUGAUGCUCUGGAAGCAGCUUGCCGUGCCGCCAACGCGUGGGACUUCGUGAGCUCUCUUCCUGAGGGUCUCAACACCCUAUGUGGCCAGGGAGGUAGCCAGCUUUCAGGAGGACAGAGACAAAGAAUUGCCAUCGCGCGCGCUCUUAUCCGUAACCCUAGUAUCAUCUUGCUAGACGAAGCGACUUCAGCACUUGAUACCGAGUCUGAGAGAGUCGUGCAGAAGGCCUUGAUGAGCGUUGCUGCCAGUGGAGAUCGCAUCACUAUCGCAGUUGCCCAUCGUCUGUCAACAAUUCGUGAUGCUGAUAAGAUCUGUGUCUUCUAUCAGGGAAGAAUCGUGGAAGCUGGCACGCAUGAAGAACUCGUCAGCCAGAACGGUAUAUAUAAGCAGAUGUGUGAUGCACAGAGUUUGAACAGAGCAGCUUAG